AUUUGUGGUCUAACAUCUUUUCUAAAUUGUGAUCAAAUUUCACGAAAACUAUUUCAUAGAAAUGGUACAACCACACAAUGUUGCCCUGUUCUGUGGAAUAGCUUCCAUUUUCAGUGCCACCCUGUAUUAUUUGUUAAAGAAGCCAGAAUCCCUGAAAUUAGGGAAAGACAAAAAAUCGCCGUGUCCGGGACUCAUGAAUUUAGGAAACACCUGCUUUUUGAACUCCAUCUUGCAGGCACUCUCUCCAUGCAAAUUGUUUGUGGACUGGCUGGAGUUCAUCCUUGAUCAUUCUACAUACAUGAAUAAAAAUUCUUUGGUGUUUGAGGUUUAUGCCACGUUGAAAAUCUUAAACAACGAAAGCAUUGAGCAUACAGAAGACUACAACCCUAAACCCGUAUUGAAUAAACUGGCCAGUAAGGGAUGGGUCAUUUCUAAUGGCGAACAUGAUGCCAGUGAAUUGUUCCACGUUCUUAUGGAAAGUUUAAACGAGGAACUCAUCGUUAAUCCUUCUACUAUUUCUCUGUUUGAUAUAUCAACAUUAGAGAAAUUUAGGUGCUUGUUGCCAGAUGAGGCAGUGAACAAUAUUAGCACAAGUCUGCCAAAAUUAAAUUCAUCAUCACCAUUACCGUCCUCAUCAUCGUCAUCAUCACCGUCAUUUUCAUCAUCGUCGUCGUUACCGCCAUUUUUCGGCCGUCUUGCCAGUCAGCUUAUCUGCAAAUACUGCGGAUCUAGGAACCCAAUGAGUUAUCAGACUUUCUGCUGUCUUUCCUUGCCUCUGCCUCCUAAUAAAUAUGGAUUGACGACGUUGGAGUUGUUGCUAAAGAAUUAUUUGCAGUCUGAGAAUAUUGACGAAGCCAUGUGUGAGAAGUGCAAAGUUAAGAGGCCAUUCAUUAAAAGAACUACAAUUGGGAAGCUUCCGCAUUCACUGUGCAUCCACUUGCAACGUACAACGUGGUCAUCCGUUGGGGCCUACAAAAGAAUGGAUCAAGUAACUAUCCCUGAUCACAUCGACCUGGGCCAAUAUUUAUGGAGAGGUACUUGUGGUUUUUCAGGUGCCGGCGGUAUCAUUAGUGAAGCCGUUGGUCUUGGGGGGCUGUCCUUACUGGGACCUAAAAUCAGGGAUGUGCAAAAGGUUGGGCUGCUGGGUGGGAAGUUGAAAGAGGAAAAAAUGGAUGAAGAAUCAGUCGCUGUUGUCGGUGGUGACUCUGGAGACGGAGAUGGAGAUAAGUUGAUGAAGAGGAUGGAUCUGCUGGCCUCAUCUGUUGAUAGUCAAAAAAUGUUGAAAAGGAGAAAAAUGAAAAAUAAAAUUUGCCUCACAAAUCCUUACUCUAUAUCUGUAAACAUGCUGAAAGCACUGAAUUACUACUCACAUCUAUCUAGUCUCGGACUUCAGAAUGCAUCGGUCAAAAUGUCGCCUGCUACUAAUACUACUUCGUCUUCUUCAUCGUCAUCGCUAUCCAUUGAUACGUCAUCGUCAUCAUCUUCUUCUACUAACAUUUCAUCGUCAUCAUCUUCUUCUUCAUCGUCAACGCCGUCUAGAUCAUCAGCAGAGUUUGAUUUGGCCAAUAGGAAAACUAUCUUAUCCCCCACUAGAACGACGACAGAGAUCCCAAAAGAACUGACCAUGCUAGCCGAUGCUUACGAAAGCGAAUAUUUGUGUUGCAGAAAAAUGCCAAAAAAUGGCGGAAACUCAAGCACCAUCUACCGCUUAUCAUCUGUCAUCGUUCAUUACGGAGACGUGUCGUCUGGUCAUUUCGUAGCCUACCGAAGAUCGCCUACCAGAUUUGGGGUUCGAUUUCCUGACAGACAUGUAUGUGAGAGAGUGUUCUACGGAGGAAGUCUUUUCAUCAGCCCCAUACAUGCUGAUGUACGAGAGGUUGUGAUCGGGCCCCAUUUGAAAAUUAGUGGAAUGGAUGAGUGA